AUUGUUGUGUAUACCUUCGCGCCGUUCGGUUCGGUGAUUGGUGCUAAACCCGUGUUUCGUUCGCUUUCGCAAAGAAGAUCAAAAUAGACGUGCAGACGUUAGCUGAAAUACGGACGAUUUGCAGACGUUACCGUGUGUUUGAUCCUCAAAAAAAGAAAUAUUCAAUUUAUCUAAAGUAUCGGUACAAAAGCAGGAUUGUGUCCCAAGGUGAUGUCGGGUGGGCUGGAGAACAUGCAUCUCGAAAAUGUUUGUCGCCUCUGUCUCACGGAUGCCUCCGAGGCUGGAGACAUGUUUCCGAUCUUUCCGGUUCGCGGUGGAAAUCCGCACAGUCCUACGUCUGUGGUGAAUCGGAUACUUCAGUGUACAUCUUUGAGGCUCGAACAAACUGAAGGAGUUCCGGCGACAAUAUGCGAGCUGUGCAGCGUCCGGCUGGAGGAUUGGCAUGCAUUCCGCGAACAGUGUAUCGGUUCGGACGAAUAUCUCCGGGUCACACUACGCCAUGCAUUCUAUCCCGACGAAGGACAAACGUCACAGUCUGCCAGCAUGAACCCAGCUCUCCCCGUAGCUGGGAAUCAAUUAGGCAAGUCCACACCUACCUGCACAGACAGCAUGGCGGCAAAAUCAUCACCCAUCGGUAGAAACGUAUCCAAGACACCACCUCCACCGGUUUCGUCCCGAUUAAGUUUAGCUAAACGACGACAGAGCACAUUCGAGAUGCCCGUUUCCGACGGCAAGGGUAACACAACGGAUCAGAAGAUUCUUGUGGAGGUGCUCGGUGUAUGCAAGGACGAUGGAAAGCGACCGUCAGUGCCAACGUUUGAUGCGAUAAAUGGACAGCAGGAAAACCCGAACGGGCUCUCCACGCUGGAACACAGCAUGCUGGAACAGGCAAGCUGGUCCAGAGAGUACUGUGCCCGGAUCAACAAUCUGAUGAUAAAGGGGAACGGACCGCGACCGUUCAAAUGUAAGGUCUGUCGUAGAAUGUUUAACAAUCGUACGAAUAUGCGCCGCCACAUAAAGGUGCUGCACAGCGAUGAAGUUUUCGAAGGUGAAAGCCCACCGCCCGAGUGCUAUGGCUAUACCGAUCAACUGAACGGUGAACAAUCGGACAUGGCACGACCACCGGUGAAGAAGAAGCGCAAAAGUACCGAUCCACCGAUCGUUGGACCGUACAAGUGUGAGGUGUGUCCGCGAUCGUUCAAAAUGCCGGCCCAUUUGGCGGUGCAUCGCAAAACGCAUCGACAGAUCGAGUUCGAUCAGUCCGAGCUAACGAGAGCGAUUGAGCAGCAGAAGCGACAGAUGCAGCACCAGCAACGUGAGCGCUCAUCGUCGGCCGUUUCUUCGGAGGUGGACCGUACGCGGAAGACGACCACCAUUGAACCGUGUGACGUGAUACAACUGUCCGACGACGAUGACGAGGAGGAUCCGAUGGGCAAAGCGUUGCAACGUACAGUGUUCGGUACGGGCGAUGAUUUGGACGAUGGGUUCGAUGAGGAAGAGGGUAGCCUAAAGGAAUUAAGCUCGUUGGAUGCCGAUCUGCGGCCUGAUCCUUCUUCGCUUGCGAUAGUUGAGAUCGGUGCCGUAGACAACGAUGGUCCAGAACAGCAGGUGAAAUCAAGGCACGACGAAGAGGAUGAGGACGUCAUGGUGAUACAGGACGUAGAAAGCAACACACCAACGAGUAAACCGAAACCAGGACCUUCAUCGUCUCGUGCUCCACCAGGUCCACUCUCGUCGAAGCUAAAAUACAACAAACAAGCAACAAACAACAGCACUACCGGCAGUGCUAAGCUUCAGCAAAAGGCGCUAAUUGCACCUCGCCCAAUUGAGGAUCUUCAACGGCAUCAAAGUACUUCUCCAGCAAAUCCUGCUAGUAAACAAAAGUCUACAUCGACCGAACAGCAGCCUUCCUCUUCGUCAGCAACCACCACCCCUACUGUACAUCGUUGUCACCUAUGCCGACACACGUUCGCACGGGAAGAUUUGCUCCGGGACCAUCAGAAAUCGCAUCAGAAAGAUUCACCUUGUGCGUACCGUUGUGGCUGGUGCAAGAAAGGGUUCCGCUACCGGCAAAACUACACCUUACAUCUGGAGAAACAAACCUGCCGGCUUAUAAACGCAGACCCCGUUCGUGCGCUGCAGCAACAGCAGCAACAGGCGGGCAAAUGUACUUAAGAAUGUGAAGUAGCAUCCUUACUCACGCUACCCUUAGCUAUUUAAAUAAAAAUACUCACAGCAGUAUUACAGUGCUGCUCGUUACUCUUCCUACUAUUAUUACUCGGGCACUGAUAGCGAGAAGAAAGCGUUUCUAUAAAAUCAAAUAUAGUGUCAAGUAUUAUCUUUAGAACGAGUAAUUAAUGUUAUUUUAAAUCGAUUAAGGUUAGGAGAUUAUGAAUAUCCUUUAUCUCUAGCAUGAGUUUCUAACAAUUCGUGCUUCUAGAAAAGGGAAAACAUUGAGCAGUAUUUUAAAUCACAUCGUACCAGAACCAAAAUUUCCAAGUGUCAUGAAAUUAUAGAGAUCAGGAAAGCUUACGCUCCUGUACAAGACUAAUACACCGAAAUGUGUUCUGUGUUUUUUGGGUUUGUCCUUCCUUACAUGCAAUUUAACUUUUAUUUAAAAAUGUAAAUAUUUUUUUUAGUUCUCAUAGAAAACUGUUACGAAAUAUAUAAAUCACAAUACCCAGUUUUGCGUAUACUUCAAAUUUCGUGUAUCGGAUGUUUUAUUUUUCUUUCGAAAUAAUAAUGUGGACGCACACAAUUUUGUCAUUUCUCAACAUAGAAUAUAUUUUCUUCUCUCGUUGGCUCUGUUUUGUUUUUGCUUGGUUUUCACAUUGCUUUUAAUUUUCGAACACGUUCACGACCGGUCGGCGUUCGGCGAUCGGCGAUCAGCGUUCGUCGACCGGUCGACACUAAACGCUAGCUAUUUAUAAUGUAUAUAUGAAUACAUCUCACAUACGCGCUUACGCAUGAUUUACGUGUGUUUCGCUGUAGGAAGGAAUCUCUCUCAGUGGCUGUCUAAUACGUGUACACACUGCUGAUCAUUAGCGUAUGUAUUCGGCUUACUACAAAUCACACAAUGUUAAAUUGUUUAUAGUUUGGUUUUCCCUUUUUCUUUGAUGCGUACGGUGUGACUAAUUGAAUUUGUGAUGCUGCUGUCUUGUCGAAUCGGAUGAUAAGGAUAAUGGGACGAUGCUGUGGGUGAGAAACGUAUCGUUCUUUUUUUUUU